AUUGUAGUUAUAUUUCAAUUGGUUCCAAUUUAAGGUUACAUUUUCAAACAUGUGACUGAUCAUGUGAUCAGUUUAGCAUAUUAUUUUGUUAUGAGUUGUCCUUUUUUUGGGCUCUUUUUUGAAAAAUUAGAAACUGUCAGAACUGAAAUCAACAAAGGGAAAAAAAUCAAAAGCUAUACGGACAUCAAAAUCUGAAGUCAUUAUCAAAACCCACUCUAUCCAUCUUCAAUUCCAUCACAUCUAGUGAUAUACAUCUCAUCAUUAUCGUUUUGAAUCGUUUAGUAUCUACUUACUCCAUUCAUUAAUCAAUAAUCAACACUCAACACCAUGGACUUUGAAGAAGCAGAAGAUAUCAACGGUAUUCGUUUUGCUUGGAACGUAUUUCCUUCUACCAAAGUAGAAGCUGCUAAGAUUGUGAUUCCAACCGGGGCUUUAUAUACUCCUUUGAAACAUAGAGAAGAUUUACCAAUUGCUGCCUAUGAUCCAAUCUUCUGUUCAAAUCAAACCUGUAAAUCGAUUUUUAAUCCUUAUUGUACAGUUGAAGCCAAUGGAUUCUGGAGAUGUCCCUUAUGUUCUUACAGAAAUCCUUUACCUGCUCAUUAUCAAGGUAUAACUCAAGAAAAUUUACCUAUUGAAUUACAACAUUCAAGUUCCACUAUUGAAUAUAUUACAGCUAGACCUGUUCAAAACCCACCAAUUUUCUUCUUUGUUAUUGAUUUAUGUCAAGAUGAAGAUAAUUUAAAAGCUUUAAAAGAAACUUUAAUCAUUUCUUUAAGUUUAUUACCUCCAAAUGCUUUAAUUGGUUUAAUCACUUAUGGUACUAUGGUUCAAGUUCAUGAUUUAGGUUCUGAAAAAAUCAAUAAAUCUUAUAUCUUUAGAGGUGAUAAAGAAUAUACCGAUAAACAAAUUGGUGAAAUGUUAAAUAGACCAGUUUCAAUGAGUCAUCAACAACAACAGCAACAACUCCCAUCUCAAUCUGCAUUUUCUAACAAUUUAACUAGAUUCUUCUUACCUAUUGAAGAUGUUGAAUUCCAAUUAACUUCAAUCUUAGAAAAUUUAGCCAAAGAUCCUUGGCCGGUAGCUAAUGGUAAUAGACCAAUUAGAUCGACUGGUUCAGCUUUGAAUGUAGCUUCUAAUUUAUUAGGUUCAACUUAUCCAGGUUUUGGAGCCAGAAUCAUGUUAUUCAGUGCUGGUCCAGGUACUUUUAAUCCAGGUAUGAUUGUUGGAAAAGAAUUAAAAGAACCAAUUAGAUCUCAUAGUGAUAUUGAUAAAGAUAAUGCUAAACAUUUCAAAAAAGCCGUUAAAUUUUAUGAUUCAAUUGCUGCUAAAGCUGUUAAAAAUGGUCAUACCGUUGAUGUAUUUGCUGGUUGUUAUGAUCAAAUUGGUAUGUUAGAAAUGAAGAAUUUAUGUAAUAAGACUGGUGGUACUUUAUUAUUAAGUGAUGCUUUUACUACUGCCAUUUUCAAACAAUCAUUUUUAAGAUUAUUUAAUAAAGAUAGUGAAGGUUAUUUAUUAAUGGGUUUCAAUGGUACUUUUGAUAUUAAAACUUCUAAAGAAUUAAAGGUUAGUGGAUUAAUUGGUCAUGGAUCAUCAUUAAAUGUUAAAUCACAAAAUGUAUCUGAAAAUGAAUUAGGUCUUGGUGGUUCUUCACAAUUUAAGUUGUGUAGUAUAUCAUCUCAACAUACUUAUGCAGUAUUUUUUGAUAUUGCUAAUACUCAAGCUUUACCAACCAAUAGUCAAAGUUAUAUUCAAUUCAUAACUCAUUAUCAACAUUCAAGUGGUACUUAUAGAAUUAGGGUUACUACUAUUUCUAAUUUCUUAACUAGUGAUGAACAAACUUUAACCAAUUCAUUUGAUGAAGAAGCAGCUGCUGUAUUAUUAGCCAGAGUUACUUUAUAUAAAUCAGAACAAGAUGAUGGAGCUGAUGUAUUAAGAUGGGUUGAUCGUAUGUUAAUUAGAUUAUGUCAAAAGUUUGCUGAUUAUAGAAAAGAUCAAGAAGAAUCAUUUAGAUUGGGACCUCAAUUCCAAAUGUAUCCUCAAUUCAUAUAUUAUUUAAGAAGAUCCCAAUUUUUACAAGUGUUUAAUAAUUCUCCUGAUGAAACUGCCUUUUAUAGACAUGUUUUAUUAACUGAAGAUACUACUAAUUCAUUAAUUAUGAUUCAACCAACUUUAACUUCAUUCUCAUUAGAUGGUGAACCAGAAGCAGUCUUAUUGGAUUCAGUUUCUAUUAAAGAUGAUUCUAUCUUAUUAUUAGAUACUUUCUUCCAUAUUUUAAUUUUCCAUGGUAAAACUAUUUCUCAAUGGAGAAAAGCAGGAUAUCAAAAUUUACCAGAAUAUGAAAAUUUAAAGAUUUUAUUAGAAGAACCAAAAGAAGAAGCCAAACAAUUAUUAAUUGAUAGAUAUCCAUUACCAAGAUUCAUUGAUACUGAAGAAGGUGGAUCGCAAGCAAGAUUCUUAUAUUCUAAAUUGAAUCCUUCCAUAACUUAUAAUAGUUCUGAAUUCGCUACUAAUAGAGGUGCCAUUGUUUUAACUGAUGAUGUUUCCUUACAGGUGUUUAUGAAUCAUUUGAAGAAAUUAGUGGUUUCUGGAUCUACUUAAGUUUAAUGAACCAAUGAAAACAAUAAAUCAGUGUAGAUGCACUAUGAUGUUUUUUUCAAUUAUCUACUUACCUUACCCUUGUUACAUUUUUAUUCAUUUAUUAUUUUAGUAUAAUUAUUUGAUCUAUGUUUAUUAUUUAUUAUUGUUGAUUGUAAAUAGUCUAAUUAAUAAAUAACUA